GCCGGUUUUGAAAAAAACCAGAUUAACUGUAAUUGUAGCCAUUAUUUCCAUUCCAUCAUCCACAUAUUCGCCUGAUGCGUUGGGAUUUGGAUUGGUUGUUAAUUUCUAGUUAAUUAAAACUUGUAAAUAAUUCAAAAAUGAAAGUAAAGGGCGAAUUAAAAGAAUAUAAAAUCAUUGGAAGGCCCCUGCCGACUGACAAGUUAAAAAACCCCCCUCUUUAUCGGAUGCGAAUUUUUGCCCCUGACAAGGUGACUGCAAAAUCCAGAUUCUGGUAUUUCACUCGCAAGCUAAAAAAGCUGAAGAAGUCCAACGGUGAAAUUGUGUCUAUUUCUGAGGUUUACGAUAAGACACCUACUAAAGUAAAGAAUUUUGGAAUUUGGCUAAGAUAUAACUCUCGUACUGGGACACAUAACAUGUACAGAGAAUAUAGAGACAUGACGGUAGCAUCGGCUGUUACACAGUGUUAUCGUGAUAUGGGAGCUAAGCAUCGGGCUCGUGCUGAUUCCAUUCAGAUUAUGAAGGUGCAAGAGAUUCCUGCAUCAAAAUGCAGACGACCUCAUGUCAAGCAGUUCCACGAUAGCAAGAUCAAAUUCCCCUUGCCUUCCAGGAUUAACCGCAAGUUCCACAAGCCUCGUUUCACAACUGUGCGACCAAAUGCGAAAUUUUAGAACUGUGGGUUAAACUUUAUCUACAAAUAAAUAUAAAUGCUUUUGAA